CAUCUGCAGCGUGCAGGAUAGUUGCGUUCUGUGCAUGGUGUUCGUUGGUUAAUUAUAUACUAAAUUGUAAUACAAAAUGUCCAUGAACAAGUUCAUGCAUCCUCGAAAUAUUUAUCGACAGAAACCAGAUUAUCUUAAAUUGGUUACGAAAUUUCCUGAAUUGAAAGAGUUUACCUCAGUGGAUUUGAACGGACGGCUGACGCUGGACUUCAAAAACCGUAAUGCCCUUCAAAUGUUAACCAGAUGUUUGUUGAAGCAAGAUUUCAGUUUAGAAAUAGAUCUUCCACCCGACAAGUUAGUCCCAACCUUACCAUUGCGGCUGAAUUACAUACACUGGUUGGAGGAUUUAGAACUAGCAUUUGGAUGGAAUGACAGACCAGAGACGAGAGUGUUGGAUAUUGGUUGUGGAGCAUCCUGCAUCUAUGCCUUGUUGGGAGUAAUGAACUCCAAGAAACGUUGGAAAAUGGUUGGUCUCGAGAAAGCUACUGAUAGUGUGAUCUGUGCUAGAGAAAACGUUAACCGUAACAAAUUGAGUGAUUGGAUUGAGGUGAUCGAACAAAAAAAAGAAGAGUUCAGCAUUUUGAAGGGAUUUUUGAGCAUUAGACCUGAGGAAAGGUUUGACUUUUGCAUGUGCAACCCACCGUUCUUCGAAGAUGAUUCCUGUGGGACAAUUAACCGAACCGAUAGAAGACCGGAACCGUCCAAUGCUUUUACCGGUGUGGAUGACGAGUUGCGAACCGAAGGGGGAGAGCUGCGGUUUAUUGAAAAAAUUAUUGAUGAAAGUUUAUACUUGAAAGAUAAGAUAGCGGUGUUCACAACAAUGAUAGGUCAUAAGAAAAAUUUCGUCGCAGUAUUGCGAAUUCUUAAGCAACGACAAAUUUACAAUCUUACAUCUACACGAUUCUGUCAAGGAAAUACUACCAGAUGGGGAGUUGCAUGGAGCUUUUCCAGUGCAGCAAUCUUAUCUAAAGUUCCUGAUUUCUUUGAGCAGAGCAGUGCGAAAGGAAAAUCGCUAGGACAACCUUUAGAAGCUCUUAUUUUUUCGGAAAAAGAUGUAACAUCUUUGGAGGACGCUAGAGCUAAACUGCUUAUCAUUCUAUCUCAACUGGAGCUGGACUUAAAACCAUUGGAGCAGACUUCGUCUUCUUUUAUAUGGGAAGUGUUAGCACACGAAAAUACCUGGUCUUAUCAGCGACGAAAACGACGGGAAGCAAAAAGAAAGCUUAGUCCUGGUACUGAGAACCAACGUAAUAAGCAAUUAGAUGUCAUUCGGUUGAGCGAAGUAUUGGAAGUGUCCGAAGCUAAUAGUAAUCAGAACUCCCCUCAGAAGCGUAGAGUGGAACCUAUCCUUAAAGCUGUGUUAUGUUUAAAACUAAAGCAAACAGAACCGAAAGGUUUUUAUUUAGCAUUAAGCUUUCUCAGUGGCCUUGCGGGGAAGGACUCCCUUAACCAGAUCCUGCAAUAUGUUAAAAACGCCAAAAAUUUGUUCAUGUAA